AUGGAGGAAAGCAAACGGAGAAUGUGUUGUUUGCAGUUCUUUUGUUUGCUUUUGAUCGGUUGUUUGGUUUUGGAGAUAUACGCUUCUUCCGGCACUAUAUUCUACGAGUCGUUUGAUCAAUCGUUUGAGAAGAGUUGGAUUGUAUCUGAGAAAGAAGACUAUUUAGGUGUAUGGAAACACUCAAAGAGUGAGGGACAUGAUGAUUAUGGCCUUCUUGUGAGUGAGAAAGCUAGAAAGUAUGCAAUUGUGAAGGAGCUGGACAAACCUCUAGAGCUUAAGGACCGCACAACUGUUCUACAAUUUGAAACUCGCCUCCAAAAUGGUCUUCAAUGUGGUGGUGCAUAUUUGAAAUAUCUACGGCCACAGGAAGCUGGCUGGACUCCCAAGCAAUUUGAUAACAAGUCUCCCUACUCGAUUAUGUUUGGCCCUGAUAAAUGUGGCUCCACUGAUAAGGUCCAUUUCAUCGUAAAUCUCAAGAAUCCCAUGGACGGGAAGUAUGAAGAACAUCAUCUCAAGGCCUCUCCUUCAGUGCCUUUAGACAAACUGAGCCAUGUAUACACCGCCAUAUUGAACCCGGAUGACACGGUGAUUAUCAUGAUCGAUGGAAAAGAGGAAAAGAAAGCCGAUUUAAUGUCACCUGCAGACUUUCAUCCACCAGUACGCCCUGAAAAGACCAUUCAUGACCCAGAAGAUAAAAUGCCUGAAGAUUGGGACGGCAGAUCAAAGAUUCCUGACCGAGAUGCAAAAAAACCUGAUGAUUGGGUUGAGGAUGCACCUUUAGAAAUAAUAGAUGAGGAUGCUGAGAUGCCUGAGGGAUGGCUAGUUGAUGAACCAUAUGAGAUUGAUGAUCUUGAAGCAGUAAAGCCAGAAGAUUGGGAUGAUGAGGAGGAUGGAGAGUGGGAGCGUCCAAAAAUUGACAACCCAAAAUGUGAGUCUGCACCAGGUUGUGGAGAGUGGACGAAGCCAAUGAAGAGGAACCCUGAUUACAAGGGUCCAUGGUAUCCUCCUCUUAUCGAAAAUCCAAAUUACAUGGGUGUGUGGAAGCCUCGUGAAAUCCCGAACCCCAACUACUAUGAAGUUGGGAAGCUCAACAUUGAGCCUGUUGUUGCCGUUGGUAUCGAGAUCUGGACAAUGCAAGAUGGCAUCUUGUUUGACAACAUUUUGAUAGCAAGUGAUGAGAAGGAUGCAGCAUCCAUCAGGGAUGCCACAUGGAAACCAAAGUUUUCAGUUGAGAAAGAGAAUCAAACGAUAGAAGAACAAGCAGCUAGUCUUGAUGGUCUCAAGGGAACCCAGAAAGUUGUGUUUGAUGUCCUUCACAAGAUUGCUGAUCUACCUUUCUUGGGUGACCACAAGAUGAAGGUUUUGGAACUAAUUGAAGAGGCUGAGAAACAACCAAGCAUUGUGGUGGGAAUCAUAAUUUCGAUUGUUGUUGUGAUUGUUAGUCCCUUGUUGAAGAUCCUGUUGGGUAACAGGAAGAAAUCAGGAAAGGUGAAGGAUGUUGGCAAAACCUCAAGUGGUGAGGCAGAUGAUGAGGAUGCCGCAGCUGCUCAUCAUAAGAGGAAUACAAGGCGUGACAGCUAG